AUGGCUAAAAAAGACAUUGAGCCUACGGAGUUUAAGAACCUGGACGACACAUACAUUGGAAAGCUUGAGGCUGCUGCUUUCGUUUAUAUGCAUGACCUGAAGAAGGCAGGCUUUCAUGUGGAUGACGAUAUUGACAAAGACCCCCAAGAUGCAACAAAGGGCUUCUUCUUUCGCCAUAUGGGCUGGCUCCUUGCAUACAAGCCUCAAACGUGGGGUUCUGUCAAUAUCUCGGACCUCAUGGAAGAUCCCGUGGUCCGAUGGCAACAAAAGAAUUAUUUGAUCAUUUUUGUGCUUGGCGGUCUUGGUUUACCGACCUUUAUUGCUCACAUCGGAUGGAAUGAUUGGCAAGGAGGCCUAGUUUAUGCUGGGUUCCUUCGUGUUUUCCUCUCCCUACAAGUGGUAUUCUUCUCAGGUGCUCUCAUGCACGCCGAUUGGGCAGGCGAAAAGACCUAUUCAGACAAGAAUAGUUCAGUGAACAUGUCGUUCAUUUCAAUUCUGAAUAACGGAGAAGGAAAUCACAAUUUCCAUCAUACGUUCCCAAGCGACUAUCGCAACGGAGUGCAGUGGUACAAUAUCGACCUAUCCAAGUGGAUGAUUUUGCUGUGGUGCCAGCUUGGCCUUGCAAGAAACCCAGUAACGGUGACUGGAUUUGAAAUUGAGAGAGCGCGCCGGCGGCAAGAAAGAAGAAAUAGGCAUGGGGGGACCGUUGAGUAUGUGGAUGAGGACCACGAGGACCUUUCAACCCUUCCAGUGAUGCAGUGGACCGAAUACAUUGAGCAGGCUAACACUGGUCGUUGUCUGGUGUGCAUCAAUGGCGUGAUACAUGAUAUAUCUGAUUUCAUGGGAGAACAUCCUGGGGGGAGAGAUUUGUUGCAUCAAGUCCUGGCGGACGAUGGGACUUCUGCGUUCUAUAAUGGCUCUCAUGAUCACUCCAGUCAUGCCAAAAAUGUUUUGGCAGGAAUGCGUAUUGCUGUUCUUGAAGGUUCGCCGCCAACGAAUCCGCGUGGUUAG